UUUGUCAAUAUUAUUUUGUUUACAAAAAAAAAGUAAAUUUAAAAUUAAAAGCAAAAAAGAAAAAUUAGGAAAAGAUAUAAAAGAGUUUAAGCCUCUCAUCAUAUUCAUACACGUCCUUGCUUCUCCUCAUUUUUCUCUCUCUAAAAAAGAAAAUUCUUUCUCUCUCUAAAUCUUUACAAAAAUUCAAUUCAGAAGAAAAAAUGUAUUAGAAUUUAGAACACAGAAUUCAUUUUUUUUUCUUGUUUUAAAUCCAUUCGUUUAUGACUUGUUCAUUAGGAUUGCUUGAUUGGCUUUCUUUCUUCUCUUCUUGAAGAAAUUGUAAAAUGGAAUUGUUUUUCGGGUACUUCUCUGCUUCGCUAUCGCCGCCAUUGUUGCCGUCGCUACUACCACAGACGAUAAUGGUUACCCGAAUUCGCCUCUGAGAUCAAGAAUAUUGGAAUUAUAUAGGUUUGUGUGAAAUGAGAUUGGUUUGAUCUGAUGAAAAAGAAUAAGAAAUGGUUGAUGAAAGAAAAUGAUGACAAUGAAAUGGAGAUAUCAAGAGAUGAAGGCAGUCAAUAUAGUCUCACCGGAAUUCUUCCUCCUCUCGGCGCCACUGCUCGCAACAUUCGACGACCAAAGCUUUCUCCUUUCAUUGUUUCACCAUUUAAUUAUCAUUACAGAAAUUGGCAAUUAUUUUUGGUACUUUUAGUGUUCUACACAGCAUGGGUAACCCCAUUUGAAUUUGGGUUUUUAGACAAACCAAAAGGGACUCUGGCUAUACUUGACAACGUGGUCAAUGGUUUUUUUGGUAUUGAUAUUGUUGUUACAUUCUUUGUUGCUUAUUUGGACAAGAGUACUUAUCUCCUAAUUGAUAAUCCUAAGUUAAUUGCCAAGAGGUACAUCAAGACAUGGUUGAUUCUUGAUGUUGUUUCAACUAUUCCUUCUGAGUUGGGUAAAAAAUUAUUACCUUCUCCUUUUAAGACUUAUGGAUACUUCACUAUGCUCCGAUUAUGGCGUCUUCGUAGAGUCAGCUCCAUGUUUGCCAGAUUGGAAAAGGACAGGAAAUAUAGCUACACUUGGGUUCGAUACUCAAAGCUUAUUUGUGUAACUCUGUUCACAGUCCAUUUUGCUGGGUGCAUAUUCUAUUUUCUUGCAGCACAAUACCAUGAUCCAGGAAGAACAUGGAUUGGAAUUAACAAUGAACAUUUCAAAGAAGAGACUUUAUGGGAUAGAUAUGUUACCUCAAUUUAUUGGUCUAUAGUUACACUCACAUCCAUUGGCUAUGGUGAUCUUCAUCCUGUAAAUUCUGGGGAAAUGGUAUUUGAUAUCUUGUAUAUGCUCUUUAUUCUAGCCCUUCAAGCAUAUCUUAUUGGAAAUAUGACCAAUUUGGUUGUUCAUGGCACUGCUAGAACAAGAAAAUUUAGAGACACCAUUCAAGGAGCCUCAAGUUUUGCACAAAGGAACCAGUUACCGGAGCGGUUGCAAGAGCAAAUGCUAGCUCAUUUGUGCUUGAAAUUUAGAACAGAUUCAGAAGGAUUGCAGCAGCAAGAGACACUUGAAGCCCUUCCUAAAGCCAUUCGAUCUAGCAUCACACAUCAUCUCUUCUAUUCGCUCGUUGAUAAUGUCUACUUGUUUCGCGGUGUCUCAAAGGAUUUGCUUUUCCAACUGGUCUCCGAGAUGAAAGCAGAGUACAUUCCUCCAAAGGAAGAUGUUAUUUUACAAAAUGAAGCUCCUACUGACUUGUACAUAUUGGUUACUGGUGCAGUUGAACUUAUCAUACAAAGAAGUGGAGUAGAACAGGCAAUUGGUGAGGCAAAGAAUGGAGAUGUUGUUGGUGAAAUAGGCUUGUUAUGUUAUAGACCGCAACCAUUUACAGUUCGAACGAAGCGAUUGAGCCAAUUGCUGCGAUUAAACCGGACAUCGUUUCUAAAUAUUGUUCAAGCUAAUGUUGGAGAUGGAACAAUUAUUAUCAACAAUCUUCUUCAGCAUUUGAAAGAAUUGAAUGAUCCUCUUAUGGGGGAAAUUCUGACUGAUACAGAGAAUAUGUUGGCCCGAGGCCGAAUGGAUUUGCCUAUUAGUUUGUGCUUUGCUGCAACAAGAAAUGACGAUUUGUUGUUGCAGCGGUUGCUAAAUCGAGGUUCAGAUCCGAAUGAACCUGAUGUUAAUGGUAGAACUGCUAUGCAUAUUGCAGCAGCUAAUGGAAAUGAGCAUUGUGUAGUUCUUCUACUAGAGUAUGGAGCCAAUCCUAAUGCCACAGAUUUACUAGGAAAUGUUCCUCUUGGAGAAGCAAUACAAGGAAAGAAUGAAGCAAUAAUCAAACUUCUCUUAGAGAAUGAAGCAGAGAUACCAUCUAGGGAUUUCGGUCGUUUCGCAUGCAUUUUAGUUGAACAAAACAACUUAGAAUUGCUAAGAAUGUUCGCUGAUUAUGGCUACGAUGUGACGAUGCCAAAGAUCGACGGAACCACAGCUCUUCACGCUGCGGUUUGUGAAGGAAAUGCCGAAAUAGUGAGUUUCCUUUUGGAGAAAGGAGCUAACAUCGAUAAACCGGAUAACAAUGGAUGGACACCAAGAGCUUUGGCUGAUCACCAAGGCCAUGAAGACAUAAAAGAGUUGUUUCAAAGUAGAGGUGAUCAUAGUAAUAAUGCAUCACCAAUGCCCUAUCAAACACCAAUGGACCUUUCAAAGCACAAGAGUGAUUAUGCAAUGGAACCAUACUCACAGGAUAGCAGUACUCAUAGUGAUACUAAUAACAAUAGCAACAGAAGAAGAAGGGCAAGUAAUUUUCGCAAUUCGCUUCUUGGUAUGAUUUCUGCUGCAAAUGUUGAAGAGAGAGAACUAAUUCAAGGCCAAAGCAUUGUGAAUAGCAACAACAGCAAUAUGAUGAGCCAAUACAGAGCAAGAGUCACAAUUAGUUGCCCAGAAAGAGGUGAAGUUGGUGGAAAACUAGUGUUUUUGCCAGAAUCACUUUCUGAACUAAUGGAUAUUGGUGCCAAAAAAUUUGGGUUAUGUCCCACUAAAGUGUUCACAAAAGAAGGAGCUGAAAUUGAAGAUAUUGAACUUGUUAGAGAUGGUGAUCAUCUUGUUCUUCUUGGUAAUAAUGUUAACAACUAUCCCAAUUGAGACAUAGCUAAGAGAAAUUUUUGGUUAUAAACAACAUAAAUAAUCAAGUAUAGUAUAACAUGAGCUAAUAAUGUGCAUAGAUAAUGAACUAACAUAUGCCAAACAAAAUGAAAAUUAAGGUUUUAUGAGAAUAAAACAAAAAGUGUAUCUCAAGUUUUGAUCAUGAGUUUGCUUUCAAAAAAAAAAAAAAACAGUUUUGAUCAA